GUUGUCGAGGGUAGCAGAAUUAUUAGUCUGUAUUGUACAAACUCUUUGGAAAACUUUGAUAGGUUUUUAGUCAUUUUGUACCCGUGUUUUCAAAUAGAAUUUAAACAUGAAUGUAUAAUAAUAACGAAAAAUAAUCAAAGAUUUUAAAGCUUUUAAUUUGUGAGAAUCCUGCUAGUAAUGAUAAUAAAAACAUUCAUAUAAACAUAGAGGUCUGCACAAUUAGACUGUGUGUGAAAUACGCUUUGCACAGCUUUAUUUUAUUUGAUCACAAAACAGUGCCUUAGUCCUUACAAUUUAGCUGAAACCGGAGAAGGCUGUUCAAACUCAAAGAUGGCGGUGCUCAGUGAACGCUUCUACCAUGUCCUAGGGACCUUCACUGGUCUCCAGUCAUUCCCUGUCAUGGUGGUAUACCUGAUACUCAUAGGUCUCUCACCACUCUACCAAAGAAUGACCAAACCUUACUCUCUGAGACAGAUCAUGGUGGUGUAUAACUAUACCUGUAGCUUUAUCAGUGGGUGUACUCUGUUGGGUUUCAUCGCUGGAAUGGUCACAUCAGGAUCCAUCUUUCUGAAAGAGGGCAAUGAUCUUCUUAAAAACAGCUUCUUUCUGUACUGGUGCACCAAGAACCUGGAGCUCCUGGACACCCUCUUCAUGAUCCUGCGUCACAAGCGUCGUCAGAUCUCCUUCCUCCACGUCUACCACCACGCCAGUAUGGUCCUCCUCACCGACUUUGCCUUCCACUACUCACCCUGGGCUGGCAUCGCUUUCGGUCUCUCCAUCAAUUCCUUCGUCCACGUCUGUCUCUACUACUACUAUGGCUACACCGCCCAGAAGCCGCUAAGCGGUGCCCCGACCUGGAAGCGCCACAUCACCGAGCUUCAGAUCACGCAGUUCCUGAUCGGUUUGGUGCACAAUACUAUAGGCUACUUCCAUCAUGGUUUCUGUGUGUAUUCCAUGUUUUAUGGUGCUAGUAUGCUGUAUUUGUUCUCGACUUUCUAUUACAAUGCCUUUUUACGUAAACGGAAAGGAGAAUAGAGAGUUUAUCACUCAUAACUCAGUCGCACUGCCAAACUGAUUCCAAGCCGUCCACUUUUGGCAAUUCCAGGCAAUAUGACCUUUUAUGUUGGUCUGGUGUCAGUCUCGAUGGUAUGACUGACGUAAAUACCUCAGCCACACUGCCAAAGCGACUGCAAACCAACUGAUCAAUUUAUCCAUUAGGGUAGAUUAAUUAUGUGCUGGUUUGUAGUUGGUCUGGUGUAGGUCUCAGUCGUGUGACUGAGGUAUCAGUUACAUUGUAAUCUAUAUUUUUCACUAUGCAGUCAUUCAUCUGUGCAAGAGAUAUUUGAUUAUUAAACCAUUGCCUACGUGAAGUGGAUUGUUUCUGUAUGCAGCGAAUGAGACCAUGGGUGUCGAUACUUACGUAAUACCUAUUCAUCAGGGGGGGAUGAAUGAAUAGAUCAUCCCCCCCCCCCUGAUGAAUAGG